GGCGGAACCUUCGCACUGCCGGGACCGUUUCCGGGUCGGACUCAUUUCCGGUCCGCCGCCGCGCGUGUUUGUUUCCAGGCUCCGCUUCAUCGUGCCGGUGUGUCCGCUGGCGGGAAGAUGCCGGCCGGCGGCAGCUCCUUGUUCUCCGGUUUCCGGGUCUUGGGUCUCUACUCCAACCACGUGGCGCACGCGCUCCGGUACCACGCGAAGCACCGGGAGUUCUACCUGGUGACGGCGUCGGGACAGCGCUUCCACACCUUCAACGUGAACCGACUCGGCAUCGUAGCAGUGAGCAACAGCCUUCCCGAUGACAUCACCUGUUUGGCCGCAGACCGGAUGCUGGUGUUCGCGGCGACGGGUCGGCAGAUCUGCGCCUUCGCCAGGAACAAAGAGGUGGUCAUGCGUUACCAUGGCCACAAACAGGAAGUGCAGCUGCUUCUUCCUCUGGGCGAUCAGCUGAUCUCCUCAGACUGCGGCGGGGAUGUCAUAGUGUGGGACGUGCAGGGGGGCGACAUUUACCUGCAGCUGAAGUUUGAUCCGCUCAGCUUCGCCGUGUCGGCCAUCAUGCACCCCAGCACCUACCUGAACAAGGUGCUGCUGGGCAGCUCCCAGGGUGCUUUGCAGCUGUGGAACAUCAAGAGCAGUAAGCUGCUCUACACCUUUCCCGGCUGGUCAGCAGGAGUCACCGCGCUGCAGCAGAGUCCUGCAGUGGACGUGGUUGGCGUUGGCACGGCGACGGGCCGCAUCAUCAUCCACAACAUUCGUCUGGAUGAGACGCUGAUGAGCUUCACGCAGGACUGGGGGCCGGUCUGCUCGCUGUCCUUCAGGACAGACGGCCCCCCCAUCGUGGCAUCUGCCAGUCCCCAAGGCCACAUUGCAUUCUGGGACUUGGAGCGUCGUCAGCUGGCCGCCCAGCAGAGACACGCCCACAGAACAGCUGUGGCCGGGGCGACGUUCCUGCACGGCGAGCCGCUGCUGGUUACCAACGGGGCGGACAACGCCAUCAAGGUGUGGAUUUUUGAUCAAGAAGGGGGCGGAGCCAGACUGCUGCGCUGUCGACAGGGUCACAGUGCCCCACCCAUUGUCAUCCGUCACCAUGGCAACGACGGCAAGAACAUCUUGAGUGCAGGUCAGGACGGGACGCUGCAGUCCUUCUCCACCGUCCACGAGCGCUUCAAUAAGAACCUGGGUCACGGGUCCAUCUGCAAGAAGAAAGAAAAGAAGAAGAAGAAGGGGCUGUCGUAUGAGGAGCUCCGCCUCCCCGCCAUCACAGCCUUCUCUUCAGGCGUCACCCGUCAGUCCGACUGGGACGGCAUCGUAGCGUGCCACCGCGGCCGCCUGGCUGCCACCACCUGGAGUUACCACAGGUGCACCAUGGGAGCUCACCACCUGCAGCCUCCUGGAGUCAGCAGGGAGUCCUUCGCCUCGGCUGUCGACAUCACCGCCUGCGGGAACUUCGCUGUGAUUGGCUCGUCCUGCGGCCGCGUCGACGUCUACAACCUGCAGUCCGGCCUGCACCGUGGCAGCUUCGGGGAGCCGGGCAAAGCUCAUGGCGGGGUGGUGAGGGGCGUGGCCGUGGACGCGCUGAACCACAUGACCUUCAGCGCCGCCUCGGAUUCGCUGCUGAAGUUCUGGCGCUUCAAGACGAGAAAACAGGAGGAAGUUGUGGAGUUGAACGCAGCUCCGGGGAGGCUGACGCUGCACCGGGACAGCGGGAUGCUAGCGUUAGCGUUUGACGACUUCACGGUGGCCAUCGUCGACACGGAAACCAGACGCACCGUCAGGAAGUUCACCGGUCACCGUGGAAACAUCACCGACAUGUCGUUCAGCCCUGACGGCCGGUGGCUGGUGACCGCGGCCAUGGACUGCACCGUCCGGACCUGGGACCUCCCCUCUGGCAGCCUGCUGGACUGCUUCCUGGUCGCCGUGGCGCCGGUCAGCGUGUCCAUGUCACCGACGGGAGACUUCCUGGCGACGGCUCACGUGGAUCACCUGGGCGUGUAUCUUUGGACCAAUAAGAGUUUGUGUGGACCUGUGGGGCUCCGCCCCCUCCCCGCUGACUACCAACCAGCAGAGGAGACGAUUCCCGGAGUGACGGCAGAGGAGGAAGAACAGGAAGUGACAUCAGAGGAAGCUGAUGAUGAGUAUCAGUCAGCGGAGCAGCUGGGGGCGGAGCUUGUGACUUUGUCUCUGCUGCCAGAGUCGCGGUGGAAAAGUUUGCUGCACCUGGACGACAUUAAGAGGAGGAACAGGCCUGCAGCUCCUCCCACGGCUCCGCCCACCGCCCCUUUCUUUCUGCCCACACUUCCUGGUCUGACGCCGCAAUUCAACGUACCUGCAGCAGUCGACGCACAGUCCAAGGUGCUGCCUCUGGGUCUGCUGGCUCAAAGGUCCCGGUUCGGUUCUGCUCUGGAGUCGGCUCAGCUCUCCGGAUCCUACGAGGGAGCGCUGCGCCUCCUGAAGGACUGUGGGCCCGCCGCGCUCGCCGUGGAAAUCUCCUGUCUGUCAUCGGAGGGGGGCGGAGCCAGCAGCCUGCUCCUGGCAUUCAUCUGCAUGAUUGACAGCAUGCUAGCCAAGGGGCGGGACUUCGACCUGGCUCAUGCUUACCUGGCUUUGUUCCUGAAGCUUCAUCUGGGGGCGGUGGCGCAGGAUGCGGUUGCCAUGGAAGCCCUGCAGCAGCUGGCGUCCCGUCUGGAGGUGGUGUGGGCGGAGCUUAGAGUCUCAUUCAAUCAGUCGUUGUGUCUGCUGUCGUACAUCAAGAGUGCACUGCUGUGACUGACGUGCACGUUUUUUGAAAUAAAGUUGUUGCUGCUUCA